AGUGGUCAGCUUCCGCCGGGUGAGUUCUUAGCGCCUUUUUCUGCGGCCAUGGCCCGUGCCCUCUUGCUCGCCCUGGCCCUUCGGCCGUGCGCCGGGGAUGUCUUGUUGGCCUCCUUCGAUGGGGAGGCGAGCCACCAUUGGCGGCAGAUGAACGACCCGGUGAUGGGGGGCAAGUCCACUGGAAGCUUCGCAGAGUCUGGCGGCGUGGGCGUGUUUGAGGGCGAAGUGGUGGACGUGCCGGCCCUCAAAGCCCCUGGCUUCAUCAAGGCAGCAGUGGUGGAUAUGAAGCCAUUCGGACGCAUCUUCCCAGACAUCUCCUCUUGCAAGAGCAUCACCCUCACGGUCAAACCGGACACGGACUACAAGGGCUACCGCUUCUCCAUUGGCAAUGCGCAUGCGCCUGGUGGCAAGUUCUUUGCCUACGGCUACAAGGCGGACUUUGACGCGGGCAAGGUGGGAGAGUUCAACACCGUGACGCUGCCGCUCACGAGCUUCACCGACUACUGGGACGAUGCGACGGGCAAGGCCAUCAAGACCUGCCAGGAGGAUAAGAUCUACUGCCCAGAUGCGAAGACUCUGCAGGACAUGCGGACCAUGGGCGUCUGGGCGGAAGGCGUGGCGGGGAAGGUGCGCCUGGAGAUCAAGUCCGUGAUGGCCACGGACUGCGCGCAGCUGGUGCACGUCUGAGCCUGGCGCGAGCAGACGUGGAGACGUGGGGUGUCGGUGUGUGUGUGUGUGUGUGUGUGUGCUUUUUUUUUGGGGGGGGUUUGGACCUCCCCCGAAAAAAAGCGUUGGGGUACAUUUGGACCCCCAAAGUUUGGUG